AGCCAGUGGUGACCGCACCGUUAAGGUCUAGAAUUGUCUUGCGUGGCUGUAGGUUGACGCGGGGGAAGCCAUGGAUCAGGGAUACGGUUAUGGUACUUGGGGUACUGAUGCAACUAGUACUCAAGGUGCAUAUGCUACAAAUCCAGCAAGUUGGCAAGGCUAUGAAGGCUAUGACUAUUACAGUGCCCAAACAAACAACUCUACUGCAGCUGCCACAUACAACUAUGACACUGCUGCUGUCAGUGCCGCUACCUGGGACACCACUAAAGCUGCUGACAUGACAAUGAAUGCUAACAUUGGCACCACUAUGCCAGUUGCAAGUUACAGUGCUGGAGCAAUGUGCACUGAGAACUCUGACUCCAUUAUAGCAAAGAUAAACCAGCGUCUGGAUAUGCUGUCAAAGGAAAGCAGUGGUGGUACUGGAGAAGGAAUAGAAGAACAGGGAAGCUCUUUCAGAUUUGAGUCUUUUGAGUCUUAUGACUCUAGAGCCUCAGUGCCUGACCGAGACCUGUACAGACCCAGUUAUGACUAUAGUGAAGUUGGAUCUGACCAAAAUGAUUCUUUUGGAAGCCACUAUGAUGUUGCUGGUAACCGCAGAGAUCAGCCCCACAACAGAGGAAACAACUAUGGCUUUGCUAGAGGGAGAGUCCAGAAUCGAGGGCGUCUAAACACUUUUAAUCGUGACCGCUUCAUGCCAUCUAGUACAGAACGGCUGUCUGCACGAUGGAAUGAGCUGAAUUAUAUGGGUGGGAGAAAUAUGGGAGGGCCUGGGCCGGGGCCGGGACCGGGACCAGGACCAGGACCUGGACCAAACAGGCUUCCAUCACUCUUUUCCCAAGCACUCGUCCCGGAGUACAGAGAUUAUGGUGACUAUGGAGAUUAUGGCAGCUAUGGCGAUUAUGAUUACAACAUGAUGGGAAUGCAAGGAAGGGGAAGGUUUCCUGGGAACAUGCCCUAUGGCUACGGCAGAUCACGAAGCAGACCCAAGAGGAGAGCUUUCCGUGGUCGUCCAGGUGGACGUUCAGAUAACGAAGGUGGCUUACGUAAGCGGAAGCAGUCCCAAAGUGGGGAUGAACCAGAAAGCAAACAAGCAAAGACAGACAGUGAAGGCGAGGACUCUGAUAAUGAUGAUGGUGAAGGAGAUGACAAAUCAGGGGAUGAAGGAGAUAAAGCAUCUGGUGAUGGCUGUGAUGAUGAUGAAGAGACCAAGCAAAGAAAAGAGAAACAGAAGCGCCGGGAUCGAAUGCGGGACCGUGCUAUGGACAGAAUCCAGUUUGCUUGUUCUGUGUGUAAAUUCCGAAGCUUUGAGGAUGAAGAAAUUGAGAAACAUCUGCAGAGCAAAUUUCACAAAGAGGUGUUGCGAUACAUUGGAACAAAACUUCCUGACAAAACGGUAGAGUUUUUGCAGAAGUAUAUUGUGAACAGAAAUAAGAAAAUUGGGAAACGCCGUCAAGAAUUGACGGAGAAAGAAGGCACCAAGCCAAAACCAGACCCUUUCAAGGGAAUUGGCCAGGAACAUUUUUUUAAGAAGAUAGAAGCCGCUCAUUGCUUGGCUUGUGAUAUGCUAAUUCCUGCCCAACAGCAUCUUCUUCAGAGACACCUCCGGUCUGUUGAUCAUAACAGGAACCGUAGGAUGGCGGCUGAACAUUUCAAGAAAGCUAGUUUCCAUGUAGCUAAGAGUGUCCUAAAUAGCAAACACAUUGUGAAAAUGCUAGAAAAGUACCUCAAGGGCGAUGACCCAUUUACAGAUGAAAACGUUGACCAAGAUGUUGACGAAUCAGAAGCUUUAGAGGGGCCUGAAGGUGAAAGGGCUACAGAAAGUUCUGCAGCAGAGAAAAAAGAACAUGCUGGAGAUGGGAUUGAAGCUGUUGAAGACAGUGAAACUGACAAACCAGGAAGCAAUGAGAGAAGCUGCUCCACUGAGACUUUUUCUAAAGAUGAAUCUGUAGAAGAGCAGCAAGAGGAAGAAAAGAGAACAGAGGCAGCAGGAACAGAAGAACCAUUUUUUCCUCCUCAAGGAAGUCUAGAAGAGAGAUCGGUAGAAAGCCAAGGGAAGGAGCAACAUGUUGAGAUGGGAGAGAACUCCACUGAAACAUCAGUGGCUGAAAAUGAUGCUAAGAAGGAAACAGUUGUAGAAAGUGCAGAGCUGCUGCAAGAAUGACCAUGUGAAUGUUUCUGUGAAGGCAAUUUGUCCUGCAUAGCUGUAUAAUUUUUUUCCUGUCUUUAUGUCAGUGUAGUACAUGAUUGUGAGGUGCUGGAUUGCUGCCAAUUUUGUUCUUAUUUUGAAGAAAGGGAUUCAGUACUAUUACAGAAGCAGUCCUGUGCUUUGCGAUUUUGUCAAGUGAAAAUCAUCCAGUGUGUUUCAUUUUUAGGUUGGAGAGCUCAGGAUGCUCUACAUUUCCCAAGAAACACUUGAUAGUCUUGCGUUUUAGAAUGAACAGCAGUAUUUGAAAACAAUUUUUGAUCAUUUAGUUCCUGUUUUAGAUUUUCAGUACAAAAGUAGUAUAGCUUCAUUUGGAAACAAAAUCGAUCCUCUUGUUAAUGAGGGAGUAGCUUAGUAAAUCAAUGUGUUUAUUAUUUCCUGUGAAAUUAUUUGCUCAUUCAAGUUCCUUGAGAAAGGACUUGCUGUCAUGAGGGCUGUUAACUUCAUUUAUCCAGAUUGCAGUAUUGCAUGAAAAAUAGCACCCCUAACAAUAUAGGCUUAAAAUAAUAAAUUGAUUGUGUGUCACACUUGGACCAUCAUUUAUAUUGUGUACUACUACAGAUACUCUGGAUAGCAAGAUGCAUCUUGUAUAUUAUACUGGUAAAGAGGCUUAGUUUGAAGGAGCAAAGUUAUACUACUGUUGAAACCCUUCCUCCCUUCUCACGCAUUUUAGUAAAAAUCACAGAAAUAUCAUUCACAGAGGAGAUUGCCAAAAACUGCUCUAAGAAUACUGAAGCAUUACCAAGACCAGCAUAAUAGGAAUUGAUUUGUUAUGAAUGACAAUUGUCUUACAAAGUUUUAGGUGGAAUGCACACUCUUGCUUUGUCCUCAAUAAAUUCAAAGUUCUUUGUCUCAGCUUUGAAAUAAAUUUGUGAAACUGAGAACUAGUAUCUACUUGUAAUUUAGUUGUCUUUAAAUCAUUUAAGUAUGCAAUUAUAUGAUAACUUAGUUGAACAAAAAGAACACUCCGCUAUCUGGAGUUUGGGAUACAUGCUCUUUUCCAUCUUUCUCACCCUACAAAUGCUAGAAUCUUGUGCUAUAGAGAAAACAUUUGGGGGUAGGGGGAAUGACCAGACAGAUUGAUAUUAAAGUUGCUUUAUCUUUCCAUA